UUUCAAUCUGAGGGGGACUGUUGUGAGGCAAGUAGCUGAGGACAGACCUGUUGCAGAGGCAGUCAUGAGCCCUCCACGUCGAUCAUCGAGUUCCCAUAGUGACAGGCAAUCCACCGAGACUCUGCAGAAGACAGAGACUCUGCAGAAGAACAACAGCAGCAACUCUGGUGUUAUUCUGGACAUCUCGACUCUCAAGAUGGCCGAAGUAGACACAGAGGUGCCCCCUCUUCCUCCUCGCUACCGCUUCAGGGAUUUACUACUGGGGGAUCAGACAUUUCAGAAUGAUGACAGGGUGCAGGUGGAGUUCUACGUGAACGAAAACACCUUCAAGGAGAGGCUGAAGCUUUUCUUCAUCAAAAACCAAAGGUCAAGCCUGAGAAUCCGCCUGUUCAACUUCUCCCUGAAGAUUCUCACCUGUGUCCUCUACAUAGUGAGAGUCAGCCUGGAUAAUCCCCAUGAUACCCCAAGGUGGGAGUUGAUUUUCUGGGUUAACAGACGGGUUCCUGUAUGGGCGAUACAGGUGACAGUGGCCUUAAUCAGUUUCUUGGAGACCAUGCUUAUCACAUAUCUCAGCUACAAGGGGAACAUCUGGGAGCAGUUUUUCCAGAUAUCCUUCAUAUUGGAGAUGAUGAAUACAGUGCCAUUUAUAAUCACGAUCUUCUGGCCUCCUUUGACAAACAUAUUUGUCCCUGUAUUUCUUAAUUGCUGGCUUGCCAAAGGUGCCCUGGAGAACAUGAUUAAUGAUUUCCAUCGUGCCAUCCAGAGGACCCACUCAGCCAUGUUCAACCAGGUGUUCAUCCUCAUCUGCACCUUACUGUGUCUGGUUUUCACCGGAGCUUGUGGGAUCCAGCACUUAGAGAGAGCUGGGAAGCACCUGUCCCUGUUUGACUCGUUCUAUUUCUGCAUCGUCACCUUCUCCACUGUGGGCUAUGGGGAUGUAACACCACAGAUCUGGCCCUCCAAGCUGCUCGUGGUCAUCCUGAUCUGUGUUGCUCUGGUGGUGCUCCCACUGCAGUUUGAAGAACUAGCGUACCUGUGGAUGGAGAGCCAGAAGUUAGGAGGGAACUACAGCCGACACCGAGCACAGACAGAGAAGCAUGUGGUAUUGUGUGUCAGCUCAUUGAAGAUAGAUCUGCUGAUGGAUUUCCUGAACGAGUUCUACGCUCAUCCAAGAUUACAGGAUUACUAUGUGGUGAUUCUGUGUCCGACUGAGAUAGAUAUUCAAGUCCGCCGUAUCCUCCAGAUCCCUCUGUGGUCCCAGAGGGUCAUCUAUCUUCAAGGAUCUGCCCUCAAAGACCAGGACCUGAUGAGGGCCAAAAUGGACGACGCCGAGGCCUGCUUCAUCCUCAGCAGCAGGAAUGAGGUCGACCGAACUGCUGCCGAUCACCAGACUAUUUUGAGGGCUUGGGCUGCAAAGGACUUUGCUCCAAACUGCCCUCUCUAUGUCCAAAUUCUCAAACCAGAAAAUAAGUUUCAUGUUAAAUUUGCUGAUCAUGUAGUGUGUGAAGAGGAGUUCAAAUAUGCCAUGUUGGCGCUAAACUGUGUGUGUCCGGCCACGUCUACUUUAGUCACGCUCCUGGUUCACACCUCCAGAGGACAGGAAGGACAAAUGUCACCAGAGCAGUGGCAGAGGACGUAUGGACGCUGCUCUGGAAACGAGGUCUACCACAUCCGUUUGUGUGACAGCAAGUUUUUCGGGGAGUAUGAUGGGAAAAGCUUCACCUACGCCUCCUUCCACGCCCAUAAGAAGUAUGGUGUGUGUCUGAUCGGGGUGAAGAGGGAGGACAACAAGAGCAUCAUGCUGAACCCUGGCCCCCGCCACAUCAUGACGGCCGCGGACACCUGCUACUACAUCAACAUCACCAAGGAGGAGAACUCCGCCUUCAUCUUCAAAGAGGAGGAGAAGCACAACAAGGGCCUGCCCGUCACCGGCCUGUACGACGCCCCCUCCAGACUGCCUGUGCACAGCAUCAUCGCCAGCAUGGGUACCGUAGCCAUAGAUCUCCAGAACCCCGAUCCCCCCGAGGAAAGCGGCAAACUAACCUUGCCGACAGAGAACGGCGCUGGAAGCCGCAGGCCGAGCAUCGCACCUGUCCUGGAGAUCGCUGACUCCUCUGCCAUACUGCCCUGCGACCUCCUCAGUGACCAAUCAGAGGAUGAGACCAACCAGUCAGACGAAGAGGGCUCUGUGGGGUCAGAUUUUGUGAAGGGCUACCCUCCCAACUCGCCCUACAUCGGCAGCUCUCCAACUCUGUGCCACCUCCUACCACAGAAAGCGCCGUUCUGCUGCCUUCGUCUCGACAAGGGCUGUACACACAGCAGCUUUGAAGAUGCCAAGGCGUACGGUUUCAAAAAUAAGCUGAUUAUAGUGUCUGCGGAGAUGGCAGGAAAUGGUCUCUACAACUUCAUUGUCCCUCUGCGAGCGUACUAUCGGCCCAGGAAGGAGCUCAACCCCAUAGUGCUGCUACUGGACUACCCGCCAGACAACCACUUCUUAGAGGCCAUUUGCUGCUUCCCAAUGGUUUACUUCAUGGCUGGCACAAUCGAUAACUUGGACAACCUGCUGCAGUGUGGUAUAAUCUAUGCCGACAACUUGGUGGUUGUGGACAAGGAGAGCACCAUGAGCGCUGAGGAGGACUACAUGGCAGACGCCAAGACCAUCGUCAACGUCCAGACUAUGUUCAGGCUGUUCCCCAGUCUCAGCAUCAUCACAGAGCUCACACACCCGUCCAACAUGAGGUUCAUGCAGUUUAGAGCCAAGGACUGCUACUCACUCGCUCUCUCCAAACUGGAGAAGAUAGAGCGUGAUAAGGGCUCCAACCUGGCCUUCAUGUUCCGGCUGCCGUUUGCUGCAGGCAGGGUGUUCAGUAUCAGCAUGCUGGAUACUCUGCUGUACCAGUCGUUUGUUAAGGACUACAUGAUCGCAAUUGCGAGGCUGCUUCUCGGUCUGGACACCACGCCUGGCUCUGGGUAUCUGUGUGCUAUGAAGAUCACAGAGGAGGACCUGUGGAUCAGGACUUACGGCAGACUCUUCCAGAAACUUUGUUCCUCCAGCGCUGAGAUCCCCAUCGGGAUCUACCGCACCGAGUCGCACAUGUUCUCAACCUCAGAGUCUCAGGUGUCCAUCAACGUGGAGCAGGGCGAAGAGCAUCGUGAACGUGGAGAGUCCUGGAAGGAAAAGACAGCCCACAGAAACUCCACCACGAGCGACCAAUCAGAGCACCCGCUGCUGAGGAAGAAGAGCAUGCAGUGGGCGCGGCGUCUGAGCAGGAAGAGCACAAAGCCAUCAAGCAGAGCCGAGCGCAUCUCGCAGCAGAGACUCAACCUGUACCGACGCUCUGAGCGACAGGAGCUGUCUGAGCUGGUCAAGAAUCGCAUGAAGCACCUGGGCCUGCCCACCGUGGGAUACGAUGAGAUGAACGACCACCAGAACACGCUGUCGUACGUCCUCAUUAAUCCUCCUCCCGACACCAUGCUGGAGCUCAACGACAUUGUGUACAUUAUCCGGUCCGAUCCGCUGGCACACAUGCCCGAGGAGUCACAGGCGGGGCAGUCCCGCGGCACCAGGAACCAGCAGGAAUUUGGCACAGAGACCAGAGAUGAGACUCACCUCUAGAAAAGAAAAAAUCCCCCCACCUCCCCCUUAGUCCUCAUCACCCUGACCCUUAAAUGUCCGAGCACCGCCCAAGCCGACGGAGCUUGUCUAUCUCACAGAUUAAAGGAAGUACAGCCGUCCACAGUGAAUGAAUGUGCAUCAUGUGUCUGCAUUUAAGUGGACGGCCUCGAGAGAC